AUGUUCAACGACUAUGUGAACAAUGCGACUACAUCUUUGACGCUUAUACGUUCGGUAAAACGUCUUCAGUUCCCGACCUUAGUAAUUUGUCCGAGAAAAGCAGAUGCAGUGCAUUUGAAAAGUUUAAUCAAAGAUGUUCAACAGGCUCUACCAGAAGCCGAUACCGAUACUGCACAAAAUUUGCUUAGAUUUGCUAUUGCCGGCUUUGGUUUUGCAAACUUUGAGAAGGACCUUCAGCGUUGGUCUAAUGAGACAAUAGCAAAUCUUACAUAUCUGUAUAAAGAAUGGAAAGGCUCUCGAACCGACAAAGAAAUGUUUCUUUUGAUUUUUGAGCACUUUGGCUACACUUGCGAGGAGAUUUUUUUGUCUUGUCAACAGUACUCACGUGACCUAAAUUGCUGUGAAUUAUUUGAAUUUACAUACGUGAUGCUUCGUAGCCGUUGCUUACGACUUAAAACACUGUAUCAGGAAGAUGUAGAUGAAACUGCAAAAUUGACAGUAUGGCUACGUAAAGUUCCAAGCUCAUUGUCACUAAGAAAGUAUCAAGAUCGUUAUCCAGAAAUUCCCAGUUGUGAACCAGCGACAACAGUUGCAAACUACGAAACAGCAGUUUUAACACCAACAACUACCUAUCGAUGUUUACCAGCAUGUGUUCGAGAUGAAGUUAUUAUUCAAAUGUAUGCAUCAGAAUCGAUGUAUGGUUCUAAAGAUUCCAGGGCUUACAUGCUAGAUGCUUCGUACAACGAAUUACAGUAUGAACUUUACAAGGAAACAUUACGAACGUCUCUACCAGGUUUUGUUUCUCAGGUCGGUGGCCAGGGCGGUUUGUUUCUGGGUGCUUCCAUUACUACUUUUGUGCAACUUGCUGUAUCCUUUGUACAAUUUUUAUCUAGGCGAUGCCGAAGGACAAUGCAGGAUUCUCAAGUAAAAGUAACUAGCUAUAGAACUUUGGGUGUUUGCUAA